CGGGUGGGCGGGGCAAGGGGCCAUAAGGCGACUGCAGUAGCUGGACCGCGCCGGCCGAGCAGGUGCCACCCCCGCUCCCGUUCCUCGGGAUCCCGCCGCCCGGACCGCGCCCGCAAGAGCCUCGCGCACUCCGGGCCGGCGAUGAGCGCGCGGAGCCGCUAUGAGCUCAGACAGCAGCCCUCUCAUGGGCAGCCCGCCCGCCAGCUAUGGGACCCUGAUGACAGGGACGUCAAUCGGUCCCCACAGCUCCUCAGCUUCAUCCGUGAGGCUCAGUGGCUACUGUGGCAGUCCCUGGAGGGCCAUCGGCUAUCACGCCGUGGUCUGGGUGCUGGCUGGGAUCCCCUUGCUGCUGUUCCGCUGGAAGCCCUUGUGGGGGGUGCGGCUGCGGUUGCGGCCCUGCAGCCUGGCCCGCGCCGAAACUCUCGUCAUCGAAACAAGAGACAAAGAGGAUAGCUCGUGGCAGCUCUUCACCGUCCAGGUGCAGACUGAGGCCAUCGGUGAGGGCAGCCUGGAGCUGCCCCUGCAGGCAGAGGAUGGCCGCAGCCAGGUGGCCGUGGGGGCAGUGCCCCGGUCCGUGUGGAAGGAUACAGCCCAGCUCCGCAGGAGGGAAGAGGCAAAGCGGGUGGCGCGGUAUUACCUGUUCCAGGGCAGGCGCUACAUCUGGAUCGAGACCCAGCAAGCCUUCCUUCAAGUCAGCCUGCUGGACCAUGGCCACACCUGUGACGACAUCCACGCCUCCCGCUCCGGCCUCAGCCUCCCAGACCAAACUGUGAGGAAGACGAUUUUCGGGCCCAACGUGAUCAGCAUACCGGUCAAGUCCUACCCGCAGCUCUUGGUGGAUGAGGCACUGAACCCCUACUACGGCUUCCAGGCCUUCAGCAUCGGGCUGUGGCUGGCCGAUCACUACUACUGGUACGCCCUGUGCAUCUUCCUCAUCUCCGCCGUCUCCAUCUGCCUGGCCAUGUACAAGACCAGAAAGCAAAGCAAGACCCUGCGGGACAUGGUCAAGCUGUCCAUGCGAGUGUGUGUGCGCCGGCCUGGGCGAGGGGAGGAAUGGGUCGACUCCAGUGAGCUGGUGCCCGGAGACUGCCUGGUGCUGCCCCCGGAGGGUGGGCCAAUGCCCUGUGACGCUGCCCUGGUGGCUGGCGAGUGCAUGGUCAAUGAGAGCUGUCUCACAGGGGAGAGCGUCCCGGUGCUGAAGACAGCCCUCCCGGAGGGGCCCAGCCCGUACUGCCCAGAGACUCAUCGGCGGCACACGCUCUUCUGCGGGACCCUCGUCCUGCAGGCCAAGGCCUACGGUGGACCCCACGUCUUGGCAGUGGUGACCCAGACAGGGUUCUGUACGGCUAAAGGGGGCCUGGUCAGCUCCAUCCUGCAUCCCCGGCCCAUCAACUUCAAGUUCUAUAAGCACAGCAUGAAGUUCGUGGCUGCCCUCUCUGUCCUGGCUCUGCUUGGCACGGUCUAUAGCAUCUUCGUUCUCCACCGCAACCGGGUGCCGGUGAAUGAGAUCAUAAUCCGGGCCCUGGACCUGGUGACGGUGGUGGUGCCACCCGCCCUGCCGGCCGCCAUGACAGUGUGCACGCUCUACGCCCAGGGCCGCCUGCGCGCGCAGGGCAUCUUCUGCAUCCACCCGCUGCGCAUCAACCUGGGUGGCAAGCUGCGGCUGGUGUGCUUCGACAAGGGCCCCCAAGGUAACCACCCAGAGGAACCUGUCUUUGUCCCUCCACAGACUGGCACCCUCACUGAGGACGGCUUGGAUGUGAUGGGGGUUGUGCCCGUUAAGGGGCAGGUGUUCCUCCCGCUGGUGCCAGAGCCCCGCUGUCUGCCCAUGGGGCCCCUGCUCCGAGCCCUGGCCACCUGUCACGCUCUCAGCCGGCUCCAGGACACCGCAGUGGGUGACCCCAUGGACCUCAAGAUGGUGGAGUCUACUGGCUGGGUCCUGGAAGAGGAGUCAGCCACCGACGCAGCACUUGGAACCCAGGUCUUGGCAGUGAUGAGACCCCCACCGUGGGAGUCCCAGACAGGAGCGGUGGAACCCCAGGUGCCACUCAGCGUCCUGGGCCGCUUCCCCUUCUCCUCCACCCUACAGCGCAUGAGUGUAGUGGUGGCAUGGCCGGGGGCCGCCCAGCCUGAGACCUAUGUCAAGGGCUCCCCGGAGCUGGUGGCCAGCCUGUGCAGCCCUGACACAGUGCCCAGCGACUUUGCACAGACCCUGCAGAGCUACACAGCUGCUGGCUACCGAGUGGUGGCCCUGGCCUGCAAGCCGCUGUCCAUCGCCCCCAACCUGGAGGCCACACAGCAGCUGUCAAGGGACACCGUGGAGCAGGACUUGAGGUUUCUGGGGCUGCUGGUCCUGCGGAACCUGCUGAAGCCACAGACAGCACCGGUGAUCCAGGCUCUGCGGAGGACGAGCAUCCGCACCGUCAUGGUGACAGGGGACAACUUGCAGACAGCAGUCACUGUGGCCCGGGGCUGCGGCAUGGUGGGCCCCCAGGAGCGUCUGGUCAUCGUCCAUGCCACCCACCCUGAGCAGGGGCGCCCUGCCUCGCUUGAGUUCCUGCCCACAGAAUACCCUGCCACUGUGAACGGGACAAAGGAUCCUGCCCAGUCAGAGAGCUACACGGUGGAGCCAGACCGCCGAUCCAGCCACCUGGCCCUCAGCGGCUACACCUUUGGUGUCCUUAUGAAGCACUUCCCCAAGCUGCUGCCCAAGGUCCUGGUGCAGGCCACUGUCUUCGCCCGCAUGGCUCCUGAGCAGAAGACAGAGCUUGUGUGCGAGCUGCAGAGGCUUCAGUACUGCGUGGCCAUGUGUGGGGAUGGUGCCAAUGACUGCGGAGCCCUGAAGGCCGCCGACGUGGGCAUCUCGCUGUCCCAGGCUGAGGCCUCAGUGGUUUCGCCCUUCACCUCAAGCAUGGCCAGUAUCGAGUGUGUGCCCAUGGUCAUCAGGGAAGGCCGCUGCUCACUCGACACGUCAUUCAGCGUGUUCAAGUACAUGGCCCUCUACAGCCUGACCCAGUUCAUCUCAGUGCUGAUCCUCUACACGAUCAACACCAACUUGGGUGACCUGCAGUUUCUGGCCAUCGACCUGGUCAUCACCACCACAGUGGCUGUGCUCAUGAGCCGCACGGGGCCAGCGCUGGCACUGGGGCGUGCGCGGCCACCCGGGGCCCUGCUCAGUGUGCCUGUGCUAAGCAGCCUGCUGCUGCAGGUGGCCCUGGUGGCUGGUGUGCAGCUGGGGGGCUACUUCCUGGCUGUGGCCCAGCCUUGGUUCGUGCCUCUGAAUAAGACCAUACCGGCGCCCGACAAUUUACCCAACUAUGAGAACACAGUGAUCUUCUCCCUGUCCGGCUUCCAGUACCUCAUCCUGGCCGCAGCUGUGUCCAAGGGGGCACCGUUCCGCCGGCCACUCUACACCAACGUGCCCUUCCUGGUGGCCCUCGUGCUCUUGGGCUCUGUCCUGGUGGGCCUCAUCCUGGUCCCCGGCCUCCUGCAGGGGCCGCUAGGGCUGAGAAACAUCACAGACACCUGCUUCAAGCUGCUGCUGCUGGGCCUGGUCACCUGCAACUUUGUGGGGGCCUUCAUGCUGGAGAGCAUGCUGGAUCAGUGUCUGCCAGCCUGCCUGCGGCAGCUCCGGCCCAAACGGGCCUCCAAGAAGCGCUUCAAGCAGCUGGAGCAGGAGCUGGCUGAGCAGCCCUGGCCGCCGCUGCCUGCUGCUGGCGCCGUGAGGUAGCACAGGCUUUGGGCACCCUGGACACUGGACCUCCCUGCCUCUGAGCCACCAACAGGACCGUCUCUUAAGGGCCCACCGCUGUCGCCUCCUACAUCCCUGAGGUUGGCUAUUGUCACGCUCUGCCCCGAGACCGCCUGGCCCAGCCUCCUGCACCCCACUCCGGAGAAGUGCUGACUACUGUCCCCCCAUUUAGGUCACACCAUGUAGAAAAGGCAGCCACCAACUCAGAGCUGCUGUCAACGUAGCCAAUAAAGUCAAGAUAUUUUCCUUG